AUGUUUUCCCGUGAUCCACCAGUUGACGUGGGAAUUGUUCUAAAAGAACUUACACCCCGAAGAAGAUUGCGAGAAGAACAUGUGCUACUGACAGUGGACUACCCGGGAACUCAACAUGAAUUUACCCUAGUCGUUGAACGAGUCAGAGGAAGAGUGACCAUCGCCACAAAGGAAUGGGGUCGUGUACGGUUGCAGCAUCUCCCAGUUAACGGACUCAGCGAACACAGUUACCACAGAAGUCUGUUCCUACAUGUAACCCCCAGCACACCCGACGGAAUGUCUCGUAUGCAAGUUUACUUGGAUUGCAAAUGGCAAGGCUACUUUAUGAUGCCCCUUUCACUUUACCAGAUGGCCAAGGAGGCAUCAGGAAACAAAUUAAGAGCCGAACGAGAUCGGAAAGUAAAAGUGCAGGUCAUUAGACACUCAAAUCUACAGAAAGCUUUGGAGGAAGCGGGAUGCCCACCGGCUGAUACUCAGUCCAUCCAGCCUUCUGCCGAUUUCUACGGAAUCAAUGGACAUAAAGAUGAUACGGAUCAACUUCUUAGGUCUUUAUCAGAACUGACAUCUGUUUUGAAAGAAAUGAGGCGAUACAUGGACAUGCAGACACGUGAGACUAAGCUUUUGAGAGACACCUUGGAAAGGUGUGAAAUGUGUCGCAUGCACCAGCAUUGUCGAGAUAAUCCAUGCUAUCCUGGUGUACAGUGUGCCGACACAUCAGAAGGAUUUCGCUGCGGUUCAUGCCCCAGGGGAUACACUGGGGAUGGUAUCACGUGCAAACAAGUCGUCACAUGCAAAGAAAGGCCAUGUUUUGAAGGUGUUCGCUGCUAUGAUAAUGAGGCAGGAUACCGCUGUGGUUCGUGUCCGGUCGGCUACACUGGUAACGGUGUUUCUUGCAAACCUGUCAAUCGAUGUUCAGAAAACCCAUGCUGGUCUGGUGUACAAUGUAUGAAUGUGGAAGCUACUCCAGGAUACAUAUGUGGACCGUGUCCACAUGGAUUCUCAGGAAAUGGAACGCACUGUGAAGACAUCAAUGAAUGUGAAAUUGCCAGACCUUGCCAUCCACAGACAUCUUGCCUAAAUAUUGCGCCCGGAUUUCGAUGUGGUGCAUGUCCAGCCGGAUAUACUGGAAGGGAUGUGCAAGGCAUUGGGCUAGAAGUUGCACGGACUGUUAGACAGCUGUGUCUGGAUAUAAAUGAGUGUGACGAUGGCAGAAAUGGAGGAUGUACUGAAAAUUCGCAAUGUAUAAAUACACCGGGAUCGUUUUCGUGUGGAGAAUGCAUUGAGGGAUUUAUUGGAAAUCAAACUUCUGGCUGCCACCCGCAUCCUGGAAUGUGUCCGGAUGGAACGUUGUGCGACGGAAAUGCAGAAUGUGAACUACGGAGAGGCCUUUCUAAAUACCAGUGCAAAUGUAAAGUUGGAUGGGCUGGAGAUGGACGGAGUUGUGGACAAGACCGAGAUCUGGACGGAUGGCCGGAUUCGUUGUUGGCUUGUGCUGACUCAAGAUGCAAAGCAGAUAAUUGCCCUGACGUGCCCAAUAGUGGACAGGAGGACGCAGAUCGUGAUGGCAUAGGGGAUGCUUGUGAUGAAGAUGCUGACAAUGAUGGGAUUAUUAACAAUCCAGACAAUUGUCCGUUAGUGCCAAAUCCUAAUCAAGAAGACACAGAUGCUGAUGGGCCUGACAGAUUAGGGGACCUCUGCGACAACUGUCCUACAAUCCCUAAUCCAGAUCAGUUGGAUUCGGAUGGAGAUGGAAUAGGAGAUGCUUGCGAUGAUGACGGUGAUGAUGACGGAAUCCCGACGAUCGUCGACAACUGUCCUCAUGUCGCCAACGGCGAUCAGCAGGAUUCCGAUGAUGAUGGUGUCGGAGAUGCCUGUGAUAAUUGCCCCUCCGUUUCCAAUCCAAAUCAAAUCGAUUCUGAUAAAGACAACAUUGGAGAUGAUUGUGACAGUAAUAUCGACAGAGAUCAAGAUGGCAUUCAAGAUAAUGUUGAUAACUGCCCAGACGUUCCAAACAGUGAUCAGUUAGACACUGAUGACGAUAGAAAAGGAGAUGUAUGUGAUUUCGACAAAGAUAACGACAGUGUCCCGGACAACAAAGAUAAUUGCCCUCUGGUAUUUAACCCUGAUCAACAAGAUACAAAUAGGACAGGCGUUGGCGACGCGUGCCGUGGCGACUUUGAUGGUGACAAUGUUCCUGAUCACUUAGAUGUCUGCCCAGAUAACAGGAAAGUUUAUGCAACAGAUUUCAGAGCGUAUCAGACAGUAGUUCUGGAUCCUGAAGGAGACUCUCAAAUAGAUCCACACUGGGUGAUUUAUAACAAGGGUGCUGAAAUAGUUCAAACAAUGAAUAGUGAUCCAGGAAUUGCAGUUGGUUUUCAUGCUUUUGGUGGAGUAGAUUUUGAAGGAACAUUCUUUGUGGACACAGAAAUUGACGAUGAUUACGUUGGUUUUAUUUUUAGCUACCAAGAUAACGCAAACUUCUACGUGGUGAUGUGGAAGAAGAGCACUCAAACUUACUGGCAAGCAACUCCAUUCCGUGCUGUUGCUGAACCUGGCAUUCAGCUGAAAUUGGUGACGUCAGAGACAGGUCCAGGCCAGACGAUGAGGAAUUCCUUGUGGCACACAGGAGACACCGAUAAGCAGGUGAAACUUUUAUGGAAAGAUCCCAGAAAUGUGGGAUGGAAAGAAAAAGUAGCUUACAGAUGGUUGCUGCUUCACAGACCACAAAUCGGGCUAAUAAGGUUACGGAUUUUCGAAGGAGAAAAUAUGGUUGCAGACUCGGGAAACAUCUUUGACAACCGAUUAAAGGGAGGCCGACUAGGAGUAUUCUGCUUCUCUCAAGAAUCUAUUAUAUGGUCUGACCUUGUCUACAGAUGCAAUGAGGCAGUCCCAGCAGCUGUCUACUACGACUUACCGAAAAUUCUUCAGGCAGAUGUGGAUAUUGAUACCACGAAACCUUCUGAUAUUGUUCAAGUAGGUCGAAGAACAGCAGCGUUCACGACUCUCUCAGAAAAAUCAAAAAAGAAGUAUAGAAAUGUUAGACACGGAAGGUAAAAAGUGAUGCCACAUUUCAAAUCAUACUAAAACACAGUCACACAUCAUGCUUGUGCUUGUUUUACUUUAAGCAAGCCAAAUAUUAUAAUCAUAUUUAUGUUGAUUUUGAACUUGCUUCACUAACAGUUGUUUUGCGUGGAGCAACGAAGUGUUUAUCAUUUUUUAACAAGACAGCUAAU